UAGCAACUCUGGGCAGAUUCUUUCCAGUCUCUUCUGGAGGUCCUGUAGAAACGUUCGGCAACGAGCGAGUGGUAGAGGCGAUUAGAGCUGCUGGUUCAGCAUGCGGUGCGCUAGCCCCGCUGCCGUGAUGGCAUUUUGUGCUGGGCUUUGGGUCUCGAACCCGGUGCCGGCCCAGGGCCAGCAGGCGUGGGGACGGCCGGAGACUGACUGUGAAGUGUGUAAAGAAUUCUUGAACCGAUUCUAUAACUACUUGAUAGCCAAAGGAGUUCAUUUUUCACUGGACACUAUAGAAAACGAAUUAAUCAGCUUUUGCUUGGAUACCAAAGGAAAAGAAAACCGCCUGUGCUAUUAUCUAGGAGCCACAAAAGAUGCUGCCACCAAAAUCCUAAGUGAAGUCACACGCCCCAUGAGUGUACAUAUGCCUGCAAUGAAGAUAUGUGAGAAGCUGAAGAAAAUGGACAGCCAGAUCUGUGAGCUGAAAUAUGAAAAGAACUUGGACUUGGCAUCUGUGGACCUGCAGAAAAUGAGAGUGGCAGAACUGAAACAGAUACUGCACAGCUGGGGUGAGGAGUGCAGGGCUUGUGCAGAGAAAACCGACUAUGUGAAUCUAAUCAAAGAACUAGCACCCAAAUACACAGCAGUGCACCCCAAACCUGAACUCUGAUGGAUACCCAUACACCAUGAAUUGUAAUUAGAGAGAAAUAACUCUUGAGAACAAGGACAUGUUUGUUAAAGAUGACUAGGGAUUGCAUUGCAUUGGGUCUCAGGCUUUUUGGUCCUAAUAUUAUAUAUCAGAAUUUUGUUACUUAGGCUUAUAACUAAAAUUACUAAUAUCAUUGGCAUCUUACAAAUGUACCAGAACCUAAAAGUGCCUUUCACAUAAUUUUCUUUGAAGAACUAUGUAAGUUAUCAUUGCCUACCUCUAAAAUUGGGGGAAAUGAACUACCUAAAAUUGAUGAAGUAAAUUGAUCAUAGGGUGAAGGGAGUGCUCACAAAUUUCUCUUUGUACAAGAUUUUUAAAUUAAAUACAUUAUACUAGAACAAAAGAAACAACAGCUAGCUUAUCUGACAUACAUCUUCAACCCCAAAUAAUUACUGAGGGUUUGUGUGUGUGUGUGUGUAUAAAUAUAUAUGUAUUUUAUACACUCUAUUUUCAACUGCAAAUCAUGUACAUUCUGGCUCUUUGAUGUCAGAAUGGUAGUGCAUUAUGCUGGAAGUUAGUGUUUCCCAUCUGAGGAAAACAUACUUAAACCUACUUAAAAAAAAAAUAGAUCAAGACUCCACAUAAGAAUAUCCAAUGUUUUGGCAAGUUGUAAUUGUGCUUGAAUUGCUAAGUGAACCAAGCUCAAAGUCUUAUUCAUUGUUUAUUAUUGCACAUCAGAUGGACUUUUGAUAGAGGAUUAAAGCAUAUUAAGAGCACUUGCAGACAGCAUGGAACUUUAUGGUUCUUAAUGCUGUUUUAUCAGCUUUAAAUUACAAAGUUGUACUCAGUUCUAUUUUCCUACCACAGAAGGAAAAGAAAGCCAUGGUAGAAAUGGUUGUUUUGCAUGGGGAUGGAGGUGGGGGAAGACUUAAGAGCAGUGUUUCUUUGAAACUUUCUGUGGUGAUGGGAAUGUCCUACAUCUAAAUUGGGUGAUCAUGAAUGUGAUUGUCACACUCAUCCAGUAGUACAAUUAAGAUCUGGGAAAUUUGUAUAUGUAAAAAACUGCCUUAACCCUGCCGUUCAGGAGGCUGAGGCAGGAGGAUUGAGAGUUCAAGCUAUCCUCAGCAAUGGGGAGGUGCUAAGCAAUUCAGUGAGACACCGUCUCUAAUAAAAUACAAAAAAUGGCUGGGGAUGCAGCUCAAUGUUUGAGUGCCCCUGAGUUCAAUGCUGGUAUCUAUCCCUCUCCCCCCCAAAACUGCCUUAAGUCAGGUACUGUGUGGCAUACCUAAAAUCCCAGCAACUUGGGAGGCUGAGACAGAAGAUUACAAAUUCAAGACCAGCCUCAACAACUGAGCAAGGCCUUAAGCAAUUUAGCAAGAUCCUGACUCAAAGUUUAAAAAAAUUAAAAGGGCUGGGGAUGUAGCUUAGUGGUAAAGUGCCUCUGAGUUCAAUCUCCAGUACCAAAAAAAUUAAAAAUUAAAAAACAAAGCUCUAAAAUUACUUGAAAAUUGUCUAAAAUUAAUCAAUUCAAAACACGUUGUUUAUUUAGAGAAUUGCAUUUCCUGACUGGGGAGUCAUUUUGGGGAGUGCAGGAGAAAUUUUCCAGACUGAAAAGUAUAUAUUGAAAAUAUAAUGUUACCUUUUUUAAAUGCUACAGAGGUAAAUGACUUUUCAGCUGAGUGGUUAGAAUGUAACCAAACUUUUCACAGAAUUAGUGGUUCCCAAGGAGACACAUUUAUUAUGUAACUGAAAAAUUAAAAUAAAAAAGCUUUGGUGUAA